UCUAGCCGUGCGGAAGACUCCCCAGUGCGCUGCCUCGUCCCGCUUCCGGCCGGUCUUCGUUCCGCUUCCGGUCCGACACGAGUCAUUGCUGAGGGUCACAUUGAGCUUCCAGGGGCUUCAGGAGCGUCUUUAGGAGUCAGCACUAUGGCAGAGGACAUCAAGACCAAAAUCAAGAACUACCAGACUGCUCCUUUUGACAGCCGCUUCCCCAACCAGAACCAGACGAGGAACUGCUGGCAGAACUACCUGGAUUUCCACCGCUGUGAGAAGGCAAUGACUGCUAAAGAGGGUGACGUCUCCGUGUGUGAAUGGUACCGGCGUGUGUACAAGUCCCUCUGCCCCAUAUCCUGGGAUUUCUCCUUGUCCCUGCGUGAUCUUGGGUACCAUGACAUCGUGAUCCCGUAAUAUCCGCCCUCCAGCCUCAGGGCCUGCAUUAGGUGUCAGCCUGGGACGACCGCCGGGCAGAAGGCACGUUUCCUGGGAAGAUCUGAACUGGCUCCACCCCACCUCUGUCCUCCGUCCUUCUCCCCAGGGUGGUGAAGGGGGACCUGGGUACAUAGUGAUGCCCACGCUGGGGUCCUGAAUCAUGACUUAACUAAUAAUAAAUACUCGUUGGAAGAGUGUAA